UUCGAGCAGAAGGGUAUCGCGGAGUGCGGUGCUCCGCAGACAGAGAAGCAGAGCAUUACGCGGAUAAGUGUCGCUCGGGUACAGUGCGUACCAUGCCCCGUCGCGCCGUUGCCCGCUGGAUGGUGCCGCUGGCGGUGCUCGUCUGCCUCUGGGAGUGCGGCGCCGACCGGUACACCGCCAAAACACUGCGGCGCUACCUCAAGGAAGCCAUCGCUGAGGCGCUGCUUGAACACCGCAGUGAGUUCCUGCCGCCAGAGACAGCGCCGACCACCUCACAGUGCGGGUGCCCGAAGCAGUUCGUGCCGUGCGCCGGCCGCUGCUACCGGCGGCUGUCCCCCGCCGUCACGUAUGAACAAGCUGAACAGGCGUGCGCGCAGAUCAACUCGCACCUGGCGGUGCCGCGCACUCGUGACGAGAACCUGUGCGCCGCCGGUCUGGCCCGCAACCGGCACAUCUGGCUGGGAAUUACCGAUCAGCUCACCGAGGGAGUGUUUGUCGACAUCUUCGGCCGAUCGGUGACGGAAGAACUUACCCAGGUGUGGUCCGCAAGCCAACCAGACAACUACAAUGGUACAGAAGAUUGUGUUGAGAUUUGGCCGGAAAACGCAUUUAAUCUCGGUUCCAAGUUCGCCGAAUGGAAUGACAAACACUGCUCUGAACUGGGAUACCCAAUGUGUCAAUUGGCAUGAUAAGAAACCUGUAGUUCGAGAGGUUGAAGAAAUGCCUAGCCACCUGCUGAGAAGUCUGACUUACGCGGCUACACCGGAGUACGUUUUACCAAGUGAUCCAAGUACAGCUACCUGAAGGACCACCGGUUUUAUAUUUCAGCAAUGUGGGUGCGGUACGACGGUGCAAGACGCCUCGCAGGGUAAAACACCCCACGCCGAUAGCUGCAAAAUUGCAUGUCCUGAGUAAAGCAUGUGAUGUACAGGAUGGGAAACAGACCAUGUUUUAUCCGGCUACAUGAAAUUGGUAUGAAUGCGGCUGUUUACUUGGAAACGGAGGUAAGA